UUUCUUUCUCAGCUUUCUGUAAAAUUACAGUCGUCUUCUUUGGUUUUCAUCUCCGCUAUCCAAACAUGGCCUACGGGACUCUUGAAGUUGUUCUUGUUGAUGCCAAACACCUCCACAACACUGGUUUUCUCACUAAAAUGGAUCCCUAUGUCAUUUUCUCUGUGAAGACCCAAGAGAAAAUAAGCACUGUGGCCAAAGGCCAAGGAUCUAACCCAGAAUGGAAUGAAAGCUUCUUAUUCACAGUGACUGAUGAUGUGUCCGAACUUCGUUUGAAAAUAAUGGACAAAGAUACCUUCACCGCAGAUGAUUUUGUUGGAGAAGCAACCAUUCCUCUAGACCCAGCAUUGUUCGUUCAUGGAAGCCUUCCACCAACUUCAUACAAUGUUGUCAACAAGCACCAGAAAUAUCGCGGAGAAAUCAAAAUAGGACUCAAUUUCACUCCUGAUCCUCAGAACUAUUGAAGCACCUUUUCAUUCUAGACAGUAUACUGGUGCUGCUGAGAGAGAGCUAUAUAUGGUGGAUGCAUGGAAACAAUCAUCAACUUUUUAAGAACCCCCUUGUGGCACUCAGUGUAAUAAUGUAUGAUAUGCUCAGUUCCUCUAGCUGAGAGAAGAAUAAAAAUAUUAUUUUACUAGUCAUUGAAGUUCU